AUAUACUGACAACAAAUGAAUGUUAUUGUUAUCACUAUUAAUAAAUGUUUGAUAUACAGCUACGAUUUUCUUUUUCUUUCAGAUGUAGACCAACAAAAGAGUCACAUAAGUCAGUGUUUCCAGGAAUAUCAAAAGGAACUUGACUGUCGCCAUGAUAAACAUGAACGAUUAGUGAAAUUAAGUCGGGAUGUCACCAUUGAAAGCAAAAGAGCUAUUUUCCUUAUGCAAAGGAGUUCUGGGUCCAAUAAAAGUGAUGAAGUGCUUGACCAAGCAUGGCAGAAAAUAAUAGGCAUUCAGCAACAGAAAUUUUUACCAAUGGCAAAGGAGCUUCGUGGGGAGGACCCACAUCAGUUUCUACGAGCCUACUCAGCAGGUCUUCAGGAAUACAUAGAAGCUGUAUCAUUUUACCACUACCUCAAAAGCAAGACCCUUGUCAGUUUGGAACAAGUUCAGUCAGAUUUAACCUUUACAGUGCAAUCUGAUGACACUGAACCUCCCCAAGAGAAGGCGAUCCGUGUGCAUGUUCCUCCCUCAGAGUACAUGCUGGGUCUAGCCGACCUUACAGGUGAACUGAUGAGAUUUGCAAUCAACAGUGUUGGUUCAGGGAAUUUGGACUGUCCAAACGAUGUGUGUGCUUACCUGCGUCGGAUGUUGGGAGGGUUCGAAUCCCUGGGUCAGGUGUCCAGAGAAAUGAACCGUAAGGUCUACACACUGAGGCAGAGUUUGCAAAAGGUAGAGGCAGCGUGCUACACACUACAGAUAAGGGGGUCGGAGAUCCCUAAACACAUGCUCAAGGAUGUCUUCAGGUCAGUUCCAGGGGCAGAAUCAUCUUAUAUGGAAGAGCGAGACCUUGAUGAAUGAAUGAUUAUAAAUUUGUUUCCAUUUUAAUGCAUUUUUCAUUAUGAGAAUACUGGUACAACAUUCAACCACUUAUGUCAUGUCCAUUGCAAAAAUAAAUACAUGUACCCGAUUACAUUUAAGUCUCUGA